ACAUGUCUUCUCGUAUGACCCCGAGCGGAUUUGUGAAAAAUGUGGCGCAAAACGGCGUUGGCAGAUAUGUCUGUCAGUUGCAGAGACUUACGUUUAGGUUUUGUAAGUCACACGGUGGCAGCAGGGGCGUUAGAGAUUUCUUGGAGAAUCGACUACUAGACUUCACUCGUGCCAACCCUGGUGUUGUGGUGUAUGUAAAGCCCAGGCGACAUCGCCCAGCCAAAUUAACAGCUGAAUACUUGAAUGGUAAUGCGCACACCAUACAUGCACAGAUGCUGAGUGAAGAGGAAUUGUGUAAAUGGGUAGAUUACCUACACAGUCGAUCAGGUGUGCCGCUUGUUAGACUGAGGAAAAUGUGGCACACGGACAAUCCCAGCAUCCAAGGGGUGUGGCACCCAUUUUUGAACAAGGACACAGCGUUAAAUGUGACAUCUUUGCCUGACCCUGAACUGUCACAAUUUCAUAGUAAGAAACAAUCCGCAACUGAGAAACUGCUAGAGAUGGCUCGGCAGUUAAAGUUAUAUGAUCAGAAAACACCCCCACUGUCAGGUGAUGAACAAACACAUGCGGAACAUUCCCAACAGGACAGCAGACAAUAACCUGUACAGAGUGUGGUGGUGAACAUUGAUGUGCGAAUCCAGAGAAAGAACAUUUAAGAGUGCUUGGUGCAAGUGACAUUUGUGACAUUAGAUAUUUACUUGUGCCAUUAGACUUGUUUUAACAGAUUUAUUAAAGAAAAUAGUCAUGUCAAUAAAUAUUGACUGAAAUAUCUUUUUGCACAUUUCAUAUCGUUUUGUGAAAUAUGUUUAGUAAAUGUAGAUGUUUAGAGAAGAAAACUACAUGCACCUGCAGGCCGCUUACAUGUACACGUAUCUUAGACUCGCUGUCAUAUAAGGGAAAUAUUCUUGAAUGUGGCGUAAAACACCAGUCAAGCAAAUAACUAGCUUACAUGACUUACUGGCCUUUAGUUACAUACAGCUCACAUCAGAUAGACUCGGCUCUACUAGCUCACCUCCAUGCUCCUUACAGCGCAUGUAAGGAGCGGGGUCUCUAGC